GCCUACAUACUGAAACCUCCAUAAGAACCCAAAAGGAUAAGAUUUGGAGAACUUCCAGGUAGUGCUUGGCAUAAAAUGGAUUCCCUCAGCACAGCAAAUGUUGAAUUUUGCCUUGAUAUGUUCAAAGAACUGAACAAUAACAACGCAGGAGAUAACAUCUUCUUUUCCCCGCUGAGUCUGCUUUAUGCUCUAAGCAUGAUCCUCCUUGGUGCCAGAGGAAACAGUGCAGAGCAGAUGGAAAAGGUGCUUCAUUUUAAUCAUAUUGUGGGAUCAUUAAAACCAGAAUUUAAAGACUCAGCUAAGUGCAGCCAAGCUGGAAGGAUUCACUCACAGUUCGGAGUCCUACUCUCUCAACUCAACCAGCCGGACUCUAACUAUACCCUCAGCAUUGCCAACAGACUCUAUGGGACAAAGGCAAUGACAUUCCAUCAGAAAUAUUUAAGCUGUUCUGAGACAUUGUAUCAAACCAGGCUGCAAGCUGUUGAUUUUGAACGGUCUACAGAAGAAACGAGGCAAACUAUCAACGCUUGGGUUGAAAGUAAAACUAAUGAGAAGCAGCUGAAUGUGAAGACAUUUUAUGAGUGGACCAGCCCUUCCAACAUGAUGGAAAGGGAUGUUGAAGUCCAUAUGCCCCGAUUCAAACUGGAAAUCAAGUAUGAGAUGAAUUCCCUGCUACAAUCCCUUGGGAUGACAAAUAUCUUCAACCAGAUCAAAGCUGAUCUUUCCGGAAUAUCACCAGUCAAGGGCCUGUAUUUAUCAAAGGUUAUCCACAAGUCAUAUGUGGAUGUCAACGAAGAGGGCACCGAGGCAGCAGCAGCCACUGGGGACAACCUUGCCGUAAAAAGACUCCCCGUUCGAGCUCAGUUCAUGGCGAACCACCCCUUCCUGUUCUUCAUAAGGCACAUUGACACCAACACCAUUCUCUUCUGUGGCAAGCUUGCCUCCCCCUAAGCAAAUAGGAUUGAGCAAGGCUCAGAGUCACAGAGGAGCCACGGGGA